AUGGACGGCUUCGAUGUGACUACAGCGCCGGAAGCCUACCAGGCUGUCAAGCCCAUCGCGGACCUCUUCGUCCUCGGGAUGGGUCUAGGCUGGACAAUCAACUACAUCGGCAUGGUGCACGUCUCCUUCCGCGACAAGACCUAUGCGAUGGCGAUCAUACCUCUCUGUUCCAACAUUGCCUGGGAAACCGUGUUCGGGUUAAUCUACCCAUCGAAAAGCCUUAUCGAACAGGGAGUCUUCUUCGUGGGCCUGGCGAUCAACUUCGCCAUCAUCUACGCCGCCAUUAAACAUGCCCCCAACGAAUGGAACCACGCGCUGCUCGUCCAGCGCAACCUCGCGCUCAUCUUCCUGAUUGGCAUCGUUAUCUUCUUGACCGGAUUUCUGGCACUGUCGCGCGAGAUCAGCCCCUCCCUGGCCUACUCCUGGGGUGCGGUCUUCUGCCAGCUCGCGCUGAGUGCCGGGGCACUCUGCCAGUUGGUGAGCCGGGGCAGCAUCCGCGGCGCCUCGUAUACUCUGUGGCUCUCUCGCUUCCUCGGAUCCUGCUGCACGGUGGUCUUCGCUGGGCUGCGGUGGUGGUACUGGCCGGAGUCAUUUGCGUGGCUGAACAGUCCCUUGGUGCUGUGGAGUCUGGCGGUGUUUCUGCUUUUGGAUAUCUCGUAUGGGUUUUGUUAUUGGUAUGUUCAGCGCUGGGAGCAGAUGCAGUUGGGGAAAGGGGGCGGCAAAGAUAAAAGUGGAUGA